AUAUAUAUAUAUAUAUAUACUUUUAUAUAUAGCAUAUCCUGUAUUACACAUUUACAAGUUCUUAAAAACAAAGGUUGUAAAGAAGACAAAGAGAAUGUGCAACAAGAAGAUCCAGCAAAAAGAAGAGGCGCAUGAUCAUGCCUUUUCAACACAGUUAUGUUUUGUGAGUGUAUAAAAUUAACAUCAUAGCACUUAAAUUGCUUCACUUGUGUCAAAACUUGCUUCCUUGACAUUAAUAAAUCCGCAAAUAUUCAAAAAAAAUCAACUUCAAGGCAGAAGAGGCACAGAGCCAAAUCAUUCAGGGUUUGGUCGAAAAAUCGAAAUGCUUCAACCAUGUUUGUUUCUCCCUCAUGAAUGAAACCACUCUUCAGCGAGUAUAACUCAAACUCCCUUAGCUGCAACACUUUCCACUGCUUCUCGAAUCUCUUCUUAUUCUCUGAGGCAAAACCCUACUCCAACCUUUCUGAUCAGAAAGAUCAUCAUCCACAACUGCUUGUUCCAUCAUUUCCAGUUACAUCCUGGAAAAGUAUAAUAAUAUAUCAUACAUGUUUACACAAAGAAAAAGAUUUUAGUAAUCAUUCUUCUCGUCACGUUCCAGAACAGAGUAUAAGGCCACAUGCAACCUCUAUUGAUCUUUGACUUUUUGUAGUAAAAAGUCAAGCAUAUGAUCAACUUCUUAGUCCAAUCUGAAAUUCACAAAUUUACAGAUGAUUUAUAUAAUUUACACUAGUGUACGAGAAAAGCAAUGAUACUUUACUUGGUGUGACCAAAACAGAAUCUCUCUUUUUGUCUAGUAACAGUGAGGCUUAAGAAAGUAAUCUGAUUCUUUGCCUCUUCCUGUCAAAGUUUCUUACAACAUUGAAAAUAUAAACAGUAAUCAAAAAAUAAAAAUUGUACUUAUGAAUUAAAAGAGAGAGAGAGAGAGAAAAAAAAUGGAAAGUGAACUUAGCUUCUUGAUUUCUGUUCUGAUCAUAUGUGCAGACAUUUCAGCUGGAGUCCUUGGGAUAGAAGCUGAGAUUGACCAGAGGAAGCAACAUCAUCCUAACCACCAACAACAUGGAUGUCGAAGAAACCCAAGCUCUGGAGCUUUUGCUGAGGGAGUAGCUGCAAUUGUGCUUCUGUCUAUCGUCCAUGUCACAGCCAAUGUUCUUGGAGGCUACGCUUACAAUCGCUCUAAGCAAGAUAUCAAAAGAGCAACGGCCAACAAGAUACUCGCAGUGGCUUUCUUUGUGAUCUCUUGGAUCUUCUUUGCUGUUAGCUACUCGACGCUGAUGGUAGGAACACUAGCCAACUCGAGAUCAAAUAGAUACUGCAGCUUGAGGAGUCGUUGGCUCUUCCUAAUUGGAGGCAUAUUUUGUCUAGGACAUGGACUGGUGACUUCAGCAUUUUAUGUUUCAGCCCUUGCUGCUAGUAAAGAAGACAAAGAGAACGUGCAACAAGAAGAUCCAGCAAAUAGAAGAGGCGCAUGAUCAUGCCUUUUCAACACAAUUAUGUUUUGUGAGUGUAUAAAUUUAACAUCAAUAGCACUUAAAUUGCUUCACUUGUGUCAAAACUUGCUUCCUUGACUUUAAUAAAUCCGCAAAUAUUCAAAAAAAUGGAACUUUUCAAGAAACGCCAGAGUUCAAGGCAAAAGAGGCUGAGAGCCAAAUCCUUAAGGGUUUGGUAAAAAAAAUCGAAAUGCUUCAGCCAUCUUUGUUACUACCUCAUGAAUGAAACCACUCUUCAGCGAGUAGAACUCAAGCUCCCUUAGCUGCAACACAUUCCAUGCUUCUCGAAUCUCUUCUUAUUCUCUGAGGCAAAGCCUACUCCAACCUUUCUGAGCAGAAAGAUCAUCCACAACAAACUUAUUAGUAGUCACAAAUUCAUCCAGUUCUACGAGACUCGAUGCUUCUCCUUCAUUAGUAUUCACCACCUUGUCUUCACAGUUUCUACCAUUAGGAGAAGAUGUAACUAUCUUACCGCUGUUCUUGGACUUACCAGUAAAUUUGGCAGCUGAAUCCAAACUUACUCCAUCAGUUCCCCAAACAAACUUGGGCAAGUCAAAGGCCUUGCAAUCAUGAGGUUUGAAGAAUGUCAAUCCUCUACGUUCUUCACUUUACAAAGAUUGUUAUCAAUUUUUUUCUCAAACCCCUAAGCUUCUCCAUGAGUUGGUUUUACUAACAUCAAAGCUAAUAAAUUUUCUUCACCAACUUAUAAAACGAAUUUUACCAGCUGGUGAAGAAGUCUAUCAGCUUUAAUGCUAAUAAAACUAAUCAUGGAGAAGCUUAGGGGUUUGAA